GGAAAUAGUGAGCAGCUGUAACAGGAAGAUAGUUCGUUUGUGCAAUAUUGCUACUAAUUUGGAUUCCAGCUGGUGUAACCAAAAAAGCAGGGCUGUUCUACUCCACUGUGGAAAUUCCAAAUCAUAUUAAUAAUGUCGGGCAUUUGUCGAACCCUGCUCUUUAGUUUGUUUUUUGCUUAGUUGCCAGUGCCUUUCUACAUUUCCAAAACCUUGUGGUUUGUUAUUAGAGUGGCAUUUCCAGGAAAAAUGUCAGACAUUUCAAUGCAGGCAUUGGUAUCCUUUAGAGAUGUUGCUGUUUAUUUCUGUGAAGAUGACUGGGUAUGCCUAGACGAAUGGCAAAAGGAAAUGUAUAGGAAUGUAAUGCAAGAAAUUCAUGGUGUUUUGAUGGCCAUGGGUAAAUGCAUGUUUAAUUGUACAUUGAUGCAGAUAGAUACACAAUCAGCAAUCCUAAUGUUUUGAUAAGGAUUCAGAAUACGAAAAGAACUAAACUUGACAAGACUACUGAUAGGACUAAACAGAAGAGCAAUUGUAAUUUCUCUGCAGGUUACCCUUUGCGCAACCCAGAUAUCCUGUUACGAGUUAAGCAGCAAGAUUGUUCUUUUUUAAGUGGUCAACACAACUCCUCAGAAGAAUGUUUUAUGAGCCCUAGAGAAAGUGAUGCAGACCAGUCAGAUGGUUCAUUAAGCAUUAAGGAUGAAAGUUUCUAUUCUGAAAAACACUUUGUCUCCACAAAUGAGGGAUCUGUCUGUUUUACCAAACUGACAGGAGACCAAACAUCAAGAAAAGAUUUUGAAGAAAAGAAGAUAGAGAAAAGGCCAGCUGAAAAAGCCAGUGACAAUAUUCUUCAGUGGGACGACAUUUUUGAAAAAAAUGAACAAAAAACAUUUCAAAGUGAGAAAACUACAGAUUGUAUGAAAAGCAAUGAACUUGAUAGCAACUUUUCCAGUACAACUGGUCAGAAAAAACAGAAUGGAAAAGAGAGGCUUUUCAUUUGUUCUGUAUGCGGAAAAAGUUUUGGUAGCAACUCAUUACUUGUAAGACAUAUGAGAAUUCACACAGGAGAAAAGCCGUAUUCUUGCAACCAUUGUGAUAAAAGCUUUAAUGAUAAAUCUUACCUUCAUAGACAUUUGAGAACCCAUACUGGAGAAAAGCCGUAUUCUUGUACAGUUUGUUUAAAAACUUUCAGUCAAAAUUCUAGCGUUAUUGCACAUAUGAGAAUUCACACGGGUGAGAGACCUUUUCAUUGUGCUGAUUGUGAUAAACGUUUCAGUGAUAAAUCAUACUAUGUAAGACACAUGAGAACUCACACUGGAGAAAAACCAUAUAAAUGUAUUGAAUGUGAAAAAUCUUUUAGUCAGACGUCAAGUCUUGCUUCACAUAUGAGGGUACACACUGGAGAAAAACCAUACAAAUGUUCACUUUGCGAUAAAUGUUUUAGUCAGCAUUCAAGUCUUGUUAUACACAAGAGGUUACACAGCCACGAUGAAAUGAUAUAACAAUUCAAGGCUCUUAAAAGUAGGCUUUAAUAUUUAUUUUUUUAUUGACAACCUUAGUUUUGGAAAUUUAUAUUCUUAUAUUGUUUUGUACUUUGGAAAAGUGUUCAUUGUACACCUGUUUAGUUUCAUUUGUUACAUGACAUGGCAAAGUUAAUAUGUUCUAAUAAACGCACAUUUCAGACAAAAAAGGACAUAAGUUACAUUUUACUCAACUUGAAGUAUUUGUUUUUGACCUUGGAAAUAAGAUUACAAAUCUGUUAAACUCUAAAGCUUUCAUUGUUUAAUAAAUAUUAUGUAUAGUAAAAUAA